AUGCAACACGAGGAUCCAAUUCAAGCUUGCCUGAACUCCUUUGCCGACGCUGUGGCAUCAAAGGGACUCCUCAAAAGUUGUGUGACGGGAUUUGGGCAGAAAUACGUACUGUAUGGGAUUCAAUCGGUGAAUCGAGGGGAUUCUGGAUAUGAGUUGUGGAUGGUUACUGCCAACGCUCGGAACAUUGAAGUGCGUUCACACCCAAUGAAGUUAUCAACUGAGUCGAUGGAUCGAAUGCAGAUCUUGGCUCAAAUGGAUGCGUGUCAGAAACAUUUCGCUUCCUAUCCACCACCCAGCUUGUCUCAUCCUCCACCAUUCUGUGUGAUUCCAGUGAACGCUGAGCUGACCUCCUUAUCAAUGGUCGAUUUAUUCAAUGACAUGGAAAGCCUUUUACCUGGAGAUGAAGUCUUCGUGACCAACUACUUGACCGAUGGACGUAUUUGGUAUCAUUCUGGGAUCCACAUCGGUGGCGGGUUUUUCUGUCACUUUGUUCCAACAAACGGUUUCAAUGAAACUGAUCUCAACAACGGUAAAACGGUUCCCGGUGUGGUUGAAUGUGUUACGGCGCAAGGAUUUUACGAGGCUGUUCCAUCAAAGAUCCGUCGUCAAGCUUUCCGUGUCACUCAUCCCAUACUGGUUCGCGAGGGUUUGACGAUUGUCGACCAAGCAAAGCGAUUUGUUGAUGAAAAGGUUUUCAAUGAUUACAACUAUGUCAAUCGCAACUGCCAACAUUUCUCAUCACGUUGUUCAUACGACCGCGAGUUCAGCUACAAUACCGACAAGCUCUUCUCUUCCAACGAGCAUGCCUCUUCGCAAAAAGUUGCGACAGUUGGCGUGACGCCAAUUGUUCGUCCGGGUUUUGUUGCAACUGAAGGCUGCCGACAGAAUGUUGUCGGAGUUGCCAAAGUCGCACCAAUGGUUCGUCCGAAUUCUGUUGCAACGGAAAACUGCUUCGAUUCGCCGGUUAAAGAAAAUCAACAUAAGACCAGUAUUGACAACUACGUAGAAGAGCACUAUUGUGGGGGACCUAUGGCUGAGUUUCAACACGAAAAUAGACCGUCAAAUCUGGUCGCCAAGUAUUGUACUUCCUUUGAAAUGGAUGAUUCUGAAUAUUAUAUUCCUAUG